AUGUGGCUUGUUGAUCGCCACGUUGCGGCGAUGGUUGAGGAUCAAUUGGAUGCUGAACGCGAGCGAUCAGACGAUGGAGGAAACGAAGAGGAGGGCAACUUAAGUCCACAGCCAAGCAUACUAGCUACUUCGCAGUUGCUGAAUACGGCGAACUGGAUUCUACUUUCGGAGCGUAUAUUCAUGAAUUCCGGCAACAGUAGAAUUGAGGAUAACUGGUGCCACCUUAGAGCCGGCAGUGAAACGCCGUCUUUGACCUGCGAGGCAUUUGCCGACUUCUAUGCCUUGACAAUCAGCCUCACACGCCGCCUGGUGCAUUCUUCAAUAUUCUUUGCGAUGUCACGUCUGCGCUCCCUAGAACGUGGUGGAUAUCAGCGCGGGAAGCUGUUUUGGAUCGGUGCUCCCCGACGCCACAAUUUAAAGGUCGAGGAGAUCCGCCAUCGCAAAGGCUUCAAACCCGUUUCUCUCACGUAUGACGAAGUCGAGGAGGACCUGUCUGUGGAAGGCACCAGAUCAAGGGGCUCCCAUGCUAGCAGCAUUGCGCAAUCAGUGUUUGCAUCGGAAAACCAACCAAAUGCUGAGGAUUUGUCCGACAGCGAAUCCUCUGACUCUGAAAUCAGAAAUCAAGCCGUGUUGAAGAACUUCGGCUAUGGAGACAACUGA